AUGAAGAUUUUCAGUUGGAAUCUCCGUGGGCUUGGGAACCCACGGGGAGUCCGUUCGCUUCGUGACCUGCUUACGAAGGAAGAUCCCGAUGUGGUAUUCUUGCAAGAAACUCGGUUGAAAGUAGCUCAAUGGAUUUUCUGUAAGUAUUCCCUUGGUUUUAAGAAUUGUUUUGUUGUAGAUUCUUUUGGUUGUAGUGGAGGAUUAGCAAUGUUAUGGAAAGAUGAUGUUAAUUUGCACAUUUUAAAUUACUCUUCACACCAUAUUCAUGCUUUGAUUAGAAAUUCUAUGUUUGAGGGAGGGGUGGGUAUUAUCACGGGGGUAUAUGGCCAUCCACAAACCGAGAGAAGGGAGGAGGUGUGGUCUAUCGUUAAAGCUUUGGGGAGGGGAGUGACUAGUCCGUGGUUGGUGUUUGGGGAUUUCAAUGAGAUCCUCAACCAAUCUGAAAAACAUGGGGGGAAUCUGAGAAGUGAAAGGCAAAUGGCAGGAUUUAGAUCUGUGUUAGAGGAAAAGGGACUUAGAGAUCUUGGUUUUUCUGGCAAACCUUUUACAUGGUGCAAUAGGAGAGAGGGAGAUAUUAUAUGUGAGAGGCUGGAUCGGUUUCUGGGAAAUUUGAUGUGGUGUGAAGCUUUUCCCUUUACUCAUGUCCAACAUGGGGUAGCAGCUUACUCGGAUCAUACUCCGAUUUGGUUGGACUCUAAUGGGGGGCUGACGAAGCGAAAGGGCCAUCGGUUAUUCAGAUUUGAAGCAAUGUGGAUAAGGGACAGAGAUUGCACACAUAUUGUAGAGAGAGUUUGGGAUGAAAGUGAGGGAAUUGGGAAUUGUAAUGACCUCAUGGGCAAAAUCUCUAAAUGUGGAGUUGAGCUAUCAAAAUGGAAUAGAAGGUCUUUUGGAAAUGUUCAAAAAGAGCUGGCCUCGGCUAAAGAGAAACUAAAAGAGAUGGAAGAUUUGGACCCAGCUUAUCAACAACUACCUCAACACAAGGUGGCCCGAGAGGAAGUCCAGAAAUGGCUGGAAAAGGGAUGA